CAAUGUGGUUGUGAGAUUUGUAAACAAUUUGGUUGGCAUGGGAGUAACCCUAAAGUUUUCAAUGUUUUGGCUUGUGAGGUUAUUUCUGCUAUGGGGAGCCACCAUGUCAUCGGCUGCCAUGGAUGGUUUCCAACAACAAAUCUUGAAAGAGUGCAAGUUCACUAGAUAUCCUACCCUUUGUGUUCAAACCUUGAUGAAAUUUGAGAGUACAGGACAUAAUAAUAAACAUGUCCAUAUUAUGUCUGCUCUCAUUAACAUGACCAUUUCCGAAACCAAAUUGCCCCCGUCAUACUUCGCCAAAUUUACCUCCCAAUUUCUUGAUCUCCAAGAAUCUCAACGUGUUCGUGAUGUCACAGAUUAUUGUGAAGAGCUUAUGAGUAUGUCUCGGAAACGACUAGAGAAAUCACUAUUAGCUAUGAAAGAAUCUCCAAAGAAAAACAAAUGUGACAUCCAAACAUGGCUGAGCGCUGCCUUAACUUUCCAGCAAACUUGUAAAGAGUCCGUGGAGGGCCUCAAGCUCUCCGGUGAGCUUAAUGAAAAGAUAUCCCAAAAAAUGGAGUAUCUUUCUCAACUGGGGAGUAACCCUUUGGCCCUUAUCAACAGGAUUACUAGUAAUUCAAGAGAGAAAAAUAAUGAUCGCCUUCUGAACGAGGAACAAUUUUUUCCCGACUGGGUAUCCGCAAAAGAUCGAAAACUGCUUCAGGUCCCGACCAUAAAGGCAAAUGCGGUUGUGGCAAAAGAUGGAACGGGCAACUAUAAAACCGUAUCAGAAGCUAUUAAUGCUGCUUCUGGAAAUCGGUUUGUGAUUUAUGUGAAGGCAGGAGUUUAUAAUGAGAAAAUUCGCACAAACAAAGAUGGUAUCACCUUGAUUGGAGAUGGCAAAUACUCAACUAUUAUUACUGGCAGUAGUAGUGUAGCUGGAGGCUCUUCCAUGCCUGGUUCCGCCACAUUCACAAUCACUGGUGAUGGAUUCAUUGCACGCGAUAUCGGAUUCCAAAACACGGCAGGGCCCCAUGGAGAACAAGCUUUAGCUCUUAACGUAGGCUCCGAUCAUUCAGUCUUUUUCAGGUGCAGCAUUGUGGGCUACCAGGACACUUUAUACGCACUUGCUCUUCGACAAUUCUAUCGCGAUACUGACAUCUACGGCACCGUAGACUUCAUAUUCGGAAACGCCGCUGCAGUUUUCCAGAACUGUUACAUUGUCCUUCGCCGCCCGACAGGAGAGUAUAAUGUAAUUCUUGCCCAAGGAAGAACCGACCCUGGACAAAACACCGGCUUCUCUUUACAGAAUUGUAAAAUUACAGUUGGCUCAGAUUUUUCCCCAGUGAAGCAUAACUAUAACUCGUAUCUUGGGAGGCCCUGGAAACAAUAUUCAAGGUCAGUUGUGAUGCAAUCGACCCUGGAUGAAGCUAUCUCAUCGGGAGGUUGGAUUGAGUGGCCUGGAGAAGGAGGUUAUGGGAAAACUCUUUACUUUGCAGAGUUUUCUAAUGUAGGCCCUGGAGCUUCAACUUUCAAGAGAGUUAAUUGGCCUGGUUUUCAUGUUAUUGGAGCUGAUGAAGCUGUCAAAUUCACUGUUGGGAAAUUCAUUGCUGGAUCAACAUGGCUGCCUUCAACCGGUGUAACUUUCAUCUCCGGCCUAGGGUAAUUUGACAUAUUCAUGAAAGGAAGUAUAUAAAUAAUCAGGCAUCAGGGUGUUUUUAGUUACAGUACAAGAAAUUAAUGUAAAAAUUCUGGUUUGCAAAAUAUUGGGAAUUACGUAUUGUGUAAUACAGGUUUCUGAAAUUCUGUAUAGUUUAAACUUCAAUCCUCUUGUAAUGAAUAACUGAGAACAAAAAAAGAAGUUUCUCGCCUUAUAAUUUUA